AUGAGGAGGCCACUUAAAAUUAAUGACAUCACCGUAGAUCCAAAGUGGAUUACCACGCUGGAUACAUCAGGAAAUGCUUUUACGAAAGCGACAGGCGUUUUCGUAUUGAAAUUAAUAGAGUGCCACUCGAUGCGCAUCAAGGACUUGACGAAGCUUUCUGAAGGAAAUAUCGGGGAUAUAAGAUUGAAGCAUGCUGCUGAUCUCUUCUCAGAGUUAUUAGCACCGGACAGGAGAUGGAGCAAAGAUGCACAAAGGAGCGGUUGUUUG